GCCUGCUGGCCUGGGUAACUUGUCUGCAGAUAUUCCUAGUGUCCCGAGGGAGACAGAAAGCCAGGAUAGCAGCGAGUGACCCCGAUGUAUAAAUGAUCAUGGGGUCCAGGGUCCGGGUUUUGCUGUGCUCUCUGCUAGUGGGAUUCUCAGUCCUGCUGUUGUUGGGGGGGCAGAGGGCGAAUGGGGAUCUUCCAUUCAGUAAGGGAGUCUGUUCCAGGCAGACCUUGAUGGUUCCACUUCAGUACAACGAAUCCUACAGCCAGCCUAUAUACAAACCCUAUCUGACACUGUGCACAGGUCGACGAGUUUGCAGCACUUACAGGACCACAUACCGUGUGGCAUGGCGGGAGGUUCGGAGAGAAGUGCAGCAAAUUCAUGCCAUAUGUUGUCAGGGCUGGAGGAAGAAACACCCAGGGGCACUCACCUGUGAAGAAGCCAUCUGUGCUAAGCCCUGUCAGAAUGGAGGGACCUGCAUUCAGCCUGACCAGUGUGAAUGCACCCCGGGCUGGGGAGGGAAGCACUGUCACGUGGAUGUAGACGAAUGCAGGACUGGAAUCACUCUUUGUUCUCAUAGCUGUUCCAAUACUCUGGGCAGCUUCACCUGCGGUUGCCCAAAAGGUCUAGUCCUAGGGUCAGAUGGAAGGACUUGCGAGAUCCCCCCUGAGCCACUUCCCAGUCCGAGUAUCCUUAGCUUGACAGUUCGGGAGGCGGAGAAAGAGGAGCAUUCUCUGAGGCAGGAAAUCGGGGAAUUACGAGGGCGGCUGGAGGUCUUGGAGCAGUGGGCAGGGCAGGUGACUGGCUGGGUCCGAGCCAUGCUACCUGUGUCUCCGGAAGCCAUCCGACCAGAGCAAGUGGCCGAGCUGUGGGGGAGGGGAGACCAGAUCGACUCCCUUAGCGAUCAGGUGCUGCUCCUGGAGGAGAAACUGGGUGCCUGUUCUUGUGAGGACAACAGCCUGGGUCCAGGUCUCAACAGUCGCAGAUAAGGGGCCUUUUGGAUAUCAACCCUCUUUAUUUCCAGUGCCCCUCCUCCCACUCGGAUAAUUUAUAGUGAAAGCCACUAAUUCCACGGAGACUAGAAGCUGGAUGGCCAAGUUGACAAGGGGACAGUUGUUGCUAGAGGAAUGGAAACCCCUGGGAAGGGUAGGGGCAAAAACAAUGUUCUGCAGUCCCAGCCCCAGCCCC